AUGUACGAGGUGUUCUUGACAAGCACCGUGGAGGAUGCCGACUUCACAUCCGCGUGCUCCGUUCUCGAAGGACUCUGUUCCAUGAAGCCAUGGGAAUCAGUUGUCCGCGUGCUAUACUACCAAGGGCCUCCACGGCCGGCUGGCCUCUCAAAUCAGACUUCAAUCGAAAAGCCCAUACGCAAAAACCUUGCGCCGCUAUGGAGGGAGCUUCAUCAGAAUCUUGGUCGCCAGUCAUUCAUAAUACAGGCCCGAUAUGAAAUUCUCAAGAACAGAGACUUUGGGGCGGAUGCGAAGCCUAUGGAGCUGGAUGCGACACCGGGCAUCCUGCGCUGGACCGACUUUCCUGAUCCCUCGCACGGCAAGCCGCUGCUGACGCAGCGCAAAAUGGUUGAAUUGUGGGAGCAACGCGCCCUUCCUUCGGUAUUACGAGACAACCAGCAUCAAUUCAAGACAGAAAUGGUCGAGGAGAUAUAUCGAUUCUUUAGAGAUGAGAUCGAGUUCUCACUGACCAAGCAAUUCUUCUUCCAUCCCAUUCAAGAAUAUACGCCACUCGAGGCGCGGCAAGGGGCUAUGCUCUCCCCGGCCGCGCAGCUGCCAGCGUGGGACAGCCUCACGCCAAUGGACAUGCAGGGGCGCUGGAUCAUGCAGGUCAAGACGCAUGUGCUGCAGGACAACAAGCCCGACGAUAUUCGAAAGGCGCAAGACAAGCUCACGGCGCUGCGCACCGAGCUGGAAGGCGUCUUUGACUUUCGCGCAAUUGACAGAAAGGUGUACGAUACCCGGAUAGCGCUGCGACAGCAGGGCGUGCAAGCGCUGCCGCAAAAAGUCAUGAUUGGCAAGAGUUGA